UUGCUCAUUAUUGGCUAUUGGACAAUGGACAUUAUUAAGUUUUGCAUUUUAUAAUUUUGGAGCUUUACCUUUACGUUCAGCACCAGCAUAGGCAUUAAUUUAGUUUUGUAAACGUUAAAUUUUUCUAUUUCGUGCUGACUGCUGAGUUAUCACUGGCCGCUACUAAGUGAUAACUGCACUAUUAAUAUUUUAUUUUUGAAAUACUUUGUUUGAAUUUCUAGUUUCUAACAUAACGCCGGGACAUGAACGGUUUGCGAUUUUCCAGACGAUUAGCCAGCAGCGUGUCACGCUUCAGCAAGAACGAACGUGCCAUUGUUGUCACUGAUGACGCAUCUACCAUAGUGUGUUACCAUCCGGAGAGUUCUUUCCCAUACGAGUGUACCAAACCACUACCAGUUAACAAGGUGCAGGACAACUCAGUGUUGAGAGUUCAAAACAAAGACUUUGUGCACGAAGUAUUCAGUAAGCCCAAUAAUGAAAUAGUGCAGCAAGAACUUAUGAAAAUGACGUACACCACUAAACACCGUUGGGUACCUCCCAAAAAAUGGAAAAGACAGUUCGCUCAUCAAAAACUUGUAGACAGAGAAUAUUUAUAGUCUGAUUUAAUUAUGUUUAUUUUUAGUAUAGAAUAUACAAUAUAAAAUUGUUUUUUGAUGAUUUUUUGAAUAAAAAUUG